GUCUUUAACGUCAAAACAUCACCUUUCCCUCUUCACACUCGCUUCCCCCGAACUUUCCCCCGAACUUAAGCCUCCUUCUUUCGGGACCUCGACAUUUCUUUGCAGCAACCCAUUCCAGGCACGCCUCACUCUUUUUGGCGCCUUACCACAUUCGCUCUUCCUUUGACCAAACUUUGCACGACUUCUUCGUCUGUCGUACCGACCCCGGGACACGACCUUUCGUACAACCUCUUAUUUUCCGCUUCUCUACAGUAGCUCAUCAAAUUCAACCGUCACGAUGCGCGUCUCCGCUACCCUUGCUGCCGGCGCCCUCGCCGUCAGCGUUUCUGCCCAGAACUACCUUGGCUUCAACUCCGGCGCCACCCUGGCCGACCGCUCUGCCAAGUUCAAGGCCGACUUCGAGGCCGAGUUCAAGGCUGCCCAGAGCCUGCCCAAUGCCCCCGGCAACUUCAACGCCGUCCGUCUCUACACCAACAUCCAGGCUUACUCCCAGGAUGACCCUAUUGAGGCUUUCGAGGCGGCCAUUGACACCAAGACGUCCAUCCUGCUCGGUGUCUGGGCCUCGGGCACUGACAACAUCGACAAGGAGGUGUCUGCCCUGAAGAAGGCCGUCGAGAAGUUCGGCUCCAAGCUGACCGACCUUGUCAUCGGUGUCUCCAUCGGUUCCGAGGAUCUCUACCGUGUCUCUGUCACCGGUGUGAAGAACAAGUCUGGUGCCGGUAACUCGCCCGACGCCAUUGUUGGCUUCAUCAAGGACUUCAAGGAUGCCUUCAAGGGCUCUGCCCUCAGCUCCGUCCCCGUCGGUCACGUCGACACCUGGGAUUCCUGGUCCAACGGCACCAACAAGGCCGUCAUUGACGCUGUUGACUUCCUCGGUGUGAACGAGUUCCCCUACUACGAGAACGACAAGGGCAACGACAUCAAGAACGCCGGUCACCUUUUCGACAAGGCUUACGACAUCACCAUCGCUGCUGCUGGUGGCAAGCCCGUCUGGGUCACCGAGACUGGCUGGCCCGCUGUUGGUCCCGACUGGGAUGAGGCCGAGGCUUCUGUCCAGAACGCCAAGUACUACUGGAAUGAGGUCGGCUGCCGUCAGCUCUUCGGCAAGACCCCCACCUUCUGGUACACUCUCCGUGACUCCAACCCCGACAACAAGAUGAAGUUCGCCAUCACCGAGUCUGUCGGCGGCAAGCCCCUCUUCGACCUCACCUGCCCCAAGACCUUCGACACCGACAAGCAGAAGGCCGAGUCCUCCUCCUCCGCUGCCGCCCAGUCCACCUCCGCUGCCACCGCUUCCGGCUCCAGCAACGCCACUGCCACUGGCAGCGGCUCCGCCUCGGAGACGUCUGCCAUCUCCGGUGGCAACGGCUCUGGCUCCGACUCUGGUUCGGGCUCUGCCUCCCCCUCGGGCUCUGGCAACGGCUCCGGAUCCGGCUCGGCCUCUCCGUCGGGCUCCGGCAACGGCUCCGGUGCCAACGGCGGUUCUGGUUCGGGCUCUGCCGAGAACCCUGCCUCCACCGAGGGCACCUCCCCCUCUACCGUUCCCGAGUCCUCCGCCGCCUCGCUCCAGAAGACCGUCGCCGUCGCCGCCCUGGCGCUCGUCGCCGGCCUCUUCACCCUUGCUUAAGCGUCUCGCUUGCGCUCUUGGUGAACGAGAAAAGCAACAUGUCUUUCUUUGGAUCUUGGAUUCGUGGGUCUCGGUCUUGGUUCUUAGCGGAUCUGGUUUAUUAGAGCUUGCAACUGGGGUUUUUGUACACACAUAGACGAGCUAUAAUGCAUCUCAUUGCCUACU